UUCUUCCUCUUCCCGCUCGGUUCUAUGAGAACGGUUCUCGGCCGGACCAGACGACUCGAACUCUUUUUUCCUUUUUUCGCGCAGAAUGGAUUCACUCGUUCUUUCGGGCGGUGAUCUGGGGCGAGAAACACUUCAUGGAACACACAACACACAAGCGGACCGAUGAUCGAGCCGUGGAAGGAUGAGAAGAUACUUUGCUGGCCCCAAGCUCUGGCUACUGCUUCUGUUUGGCUCUACUUUCCUCAACACACACAAAACUCUUGUCGAUGCCGCGACUACCAUAAAGGUCCGAAGGAACUUCACUUCGGUGAGCCGAGGACUAACACCUCAAGCGAGCAUUGGCAUCCCAAGGCGCUUACCCUCUCCAUGGGGAGGUAAGCUGGCCUCCUUCCGUGGUCGACCGCGAACUACCACAGAACCUCCCAUACCCACUGACGAGGAGACCUUUGCUGCCAAUAUAACUGUUGCCAAAGAAGAUGAUGAAAAACGUCGCGCAGAGGAGGCGUCCGAAAGCCCUCUGUCGGUGGUGUGGCCCCAGCGUUCCCGACCCGUCGCCAAGCGCUUCCGCAUCCCAACGCCCACCACCCCAGAGCCACAGGUGCUGCUGAAGCUGCUGCAGCCCAAGCCGACGCGCCCUGCCAUCUACAGUCUGGAUGGUUUUGUGCCCAAACCCUCCAUCCGGCGUCCCGUCUCCACGGAGCCACCCCUCAAUUUCAAAAAGACCGACCUCCAACUUCUGUCCAGCGUCCCUCGCAGGAGAAAGGUGCACCGCUAUAGCAAAGAGGAUGAGGACGAUGAUGAAGACGAUUUGCAGUACGUAGAGGGACGCAGGGGACGCCGGCGAAAGAAGCCCGUUUCCCGAUACACGGCUUUCGCUCGGAAAGGAAUACCGGGAGAAGAUUUCCCUGUCUUUACCUACAUUCCUCACACGGACUUCGACUGCGGACCUCAGCCGGGACUCUACGCCGACCCCUAUACCGAUUGCCAGGUGUGGCACAUGUGUCCAGGUGGCAACCUGUCUCCUCGCCACAGCUUCCUCUGCCCCAACGGUACCAUCUUCAACCAGAAAAAAAGAAUCUGCGACUGGUGGUAUAACGUGGACUGUAGAAAACAUACCAGAAAAAUCAGGCCAAAUGACUGAUUCCCUUUGAAAACACAUUAACCACAGACACAAGGGAAAAAGUCAUUUCGAGAUUUCGAUUGGCAAAAACAACCUCAGUCCUUGGAUUAUUAAUAGAGGUUUUCGAUUGUGCUUAACAGAACAAACAUUUCACAAAUUGGGGAGAUGUAUCUAUCCUUUUUUUCUUGUAGCAUGAAAUUUCAAAACGAAAGAUAAAUCCUCCUUUAAGGCAACUGGAAUUCACGCAGUUUAUUUUCGAAAUUCCUUAAGAACAAAUGAAUUUCUUUUUCGAAAGAGAUUUUCAGUCCAAAAGGAAUUUUAUUUUCAAAAUGAAUUAUUAUGCUUAGAUGUUUGCGAUUAAUUUAUUUUAUCUAAAGGGCAUUAGAGUUCAGACAAAAUGAAGAAACAAUCGUAUAAAAUUUCCAAGUAACAUCUUCCUGCUACCUUUCUUAUUUCUUAAGAAACAAGUGUAUUUGGAAAAAUUUUAAUGCUAAAAAGUUAUUUAAUUAAUUUUAUUUCAUUAUUAUUGAAAUAAAUCUUCAAGUAAAAUUAAAUUUAUGUGCAUAUAUAGAGAUAAAUUUCACCUCGACAAUAAAUAAGAACAAAAGAUUAGAAUUCAUACGUAUAAAUAUAUAUUACAACCAUAAUUCUUUCUAAUUCAUUAAACAAUUUUCAAAAAUAUACUUUUUAACAUGAUGAUCUUAUCCAUAGUGUGAUUCUUUCUAUAGUAAGGAGCUAAGCUAAAUAAUUAGACAAUGUAAUUUAACCUCUUCAAAAACGAUAAUGGUACAGUACUAAAGAAAUAUUUGUUGUGCUCUCAAGUUUUAGAUUGACUAAAUAAUAAAAAUUAUUACAUACUGUUAAUAAUAAUAAUAUUUUUUAAUUGUAUUAAAUAAGUAUGAAACAAUUUAUGCAGAUCUGACGGUCAUUGUGAAACGAAUAUAAGUAUUAGAUAUUGAAAUCAUAAACCUUUAAACAUAUCUUUUGCUGUUCAAGUAAUAUCAAUUUCUUUCUUGAAAACCAAGCAAUAUUAAUUUUCUUGAAAUCAAAUAAAUAAAAAUAAGAAAAAUAUAAUAACGCAUAAUUUUCACUAUUGGCUUUCUUUCUCUUUUAUUUAUCCUUUAAAAUUAAUUCAAGUCUUUUUCUUUGAAGUAUAAACAAAUACAGUGACUUUAACCUGCGACCUUCACAAAGAAACUGCAUAAUUAGGGAUGGAAGUCCACUACUGUACACAUCGAAGGACAGUUCUCGCAGUUGCAGUUAAAAUGAGCAAUCUGCCUAUGUAAAUGAAUGUUUCCUCAACGUAAUUUAAAUAGGUUGAUGAAAACAUUUCUGCACAAUUGUAAAUAGUCUGUGUUUUUGUUGUAAUCAUUCCAAAUGUUUAUUGUAGAAUAAAAAAUUUUUAUGUUAAA